GGAGUUUGGUUUGUGUUUCCAUUUUGACUUCAUUAUCUGAGAAUGUUCUGCUGAUUCUGUACAUCAAUCAUAAUCUAUAUAUGAUAAGAUAGUCAAUCAUCGUUUUAUAAAGAUCGAGAUCGAAAAGAAUUUAUCAUUCCACACAAUUGCCAAGGUGACACCUUGCAAUCUCUGCGUACUUUGAAAGAAAGAACUAGAAAAUAAAAAAAAAUUUAAAAAUUGUGUUUUCGUCGAUAGAUGUGCCAGUAGCAAUAAAUAAGAGACACGUACAACAAACAUUUCAAGAUGGUAAAGAGGAACGGAUUGUGGAAGUUGACGCAGCUUCGUGCGUUAAUGAAGAAUAUUCAGGCUUUGAUAAUUAACGGAGAAGACGCGCACCAAUCCGAGUAUUCAACGGAGCACGAUCAGAGACGAUGUUUUAUCAGUGGAUUUCGUGGAUCUUACGGGACGGUGAUUGUUAUGCAAGAUGCGGCACUGUUGUGGACAGAUGGGAGAUAUUACACACAAGCCAUGUCCGAAUUAGAUCCACCAGAAGCUUGGACCUUGAUGAGGGAAGGUUUAUUAGACACGCCUACCAUUCCCGCGUGGUUGGUUGCACAUUUACCUCCAAAAUCUAUAGUCGGAGCUGAUGCCAAUUUGAUAAGCUACACAGAAUGGGCGCGAUUGCAUACCAAUUUAACCGCCGCCGGCCACUGUCUGAUUGCUCUUCCCGAAAACUUGGUGGACAAAGUGUGGGGCGAUGAACAACCACCACCUACGGCUAACACAAUUAUAGCCCACCCUUUACAAUAUUCGGGCCAAACCGCUGGAGAUAAAAUAAAACUGUGUCGCGAUGCCAUGGAGGAAAAUGGCGCGACAGUGCUUGUGAUAACCGCGUUGGAUGCGAUCGCUUAUCUGUUGAAUUUGAGAGGCUCCGACAUACCUUUCAAUCCUGUCUUCUUCGCGUAUGUUGUUCUCACAUUAAAGAAAGUACAUAUUUUUGUAGACACAAGCAGACUUAGUCACGAGGCGGUGGAGCAAUUGCAGAACGAGAAUGUUAAUCCGGUCUUUCACGCUUACGAAGAAAUACACAGUUUCAUGAAGGAACUCGCAAGUUCGUGUUCCGAUCAGGAUAAGAUUUGGAUCAGCAAUAAAUCGAGUUACGCUUUGCACGCCGAUUGCGGAGAGGUAAAAAAAAAUACGGAUAUCACACCUAUCAGCGUUAUGAAGUCGAUAAAGAAUAACGUCGAGAUAGAAGGUAUGAGAGCGUCGCACGUGAGAGAUUCGGCGGCUCUGGUUAAGUACUUCGCUUGGUUGGAGGACAAAAUAAAAAAUACGAAGGAAUGUAUCACGGAAAUAUCGGGCGCAACGCGACUGGAGAAAUUUAGACAGGAACAAGAUCUUUUUGUUGGAUUAAGUUUUUCCACUAUAUCGUCUGUUGGUCCUCACGGAGCGGUCAUUCAUUAUUCACCUACCGCAGAGACUGAUGUGCCUAUUACAGAUGAAGAACUUUAUCUCUGUGAUUCGGGCGCACAAUACAAGGACGGCACGACGGACGUGACGAGAACUUUGCACUUCGGUAAACCCACGGAUUUUGAACGUGAAUGUUUUACCAGAGUGUUUAAGGGACAGUGUCGUCUUUCGACAAUGAUAUUCCCAACGAAGACCAAAGGAAAUUAUCUCGACACGUUAGCGCGCGAAAGUUUGUGGAGCGUUGGCCUGGAUUACCUUCACGGUACCGGUCACGGAGUUGGAUCCUACCUCAAUGUGCACGAAGAGCCUAUUGGUAUCUCAUGGAAGCCACAUCCGGAUGAUCCGGGUUUACAACCUGGGAUGUUUCUGUCGAAUGAACCAGGAUAUUACGAAGAUGGGAAAUUCGGUAUCAGAUUGGAAAACAUUGAGUUAGUAGUUACCAAGAAGACACCUCACAAUCACAAAAAUCGUGGUUUUCUGACCUUCGAAACUGUGACGCUUGUACCCAUUCAAACAAGUCUGCUUGACGUAUCGAUGCUUACAGAUAAGGAGAUCGAGUACCUAAAUAAUUAUCACGCAAAAUGUUUACAAGUUUUGAAACCUUUCUUGCAAGGACCGGACAAUGCUCAAGCGCUCGAAUGGCUUGAGAGGCAAACACUUCCCAUUUCCCGUUAAAUGUGUUUUUUUUUUUUUUUUUUUGGCAACGUUGAUGUGAUUAACGUUACGCGUUGAAGAUUGCGAUAGUAAUUAAGUUCCAGUAUUGUAAGAAAGUUUUGAUCAAUAUCAACAUUUUUCACAAUAUAUUCCUUUGUCUAUAUAUAAAAAAAAAAAAAUUUU